GUGGAUUGCAGGUGCUUCAGGGCGGUAGAUAAUCUCUGCAACCUCCCCCCUGACUGGUCCACAUUCCCCCCUUCCCAGCCUCUGACGCAAACAGAGCUAGAGGGCUGAAUGGAACAUGUUUGAGCUUCCAAUUACAUCUUCCUGGGCAAGGAUUCCUCAUAUCCUCCCCAGAUAAAAGGCUAGAAUAAAUUCACCAGGAGGGGCAUGCUUCUUCUGUGCCACCACCAGUGCCAGGGAGACGAGCAGGCUGUGAGGCGCUCAAUAAUGAGAUGCCCAAACCUAUGAAAUUUGCUCCCUGGAUCUGGCUGCGGGAGGGGAGGGAAUCCCGGAAGCUGGUGCUACUGGUCGUCUUUGUCGCCCUGCUGGUAGACAACAUGCUGUUGACUGUUGUGGUGCCCAUCAUCCCUUCCUUCCUGUUUACCACCUACAAAAAUGCCAGCCACUCUGCUGUUCUGCAAAGUGUGGUUCCAACGGCAGUCUCAGCUGCUUCCUACAAUACAAUCUUCUCUUACUAUAACAAUACCGCAGUGGUCAUUUCGGACUAUACUGCCAACAGGGACUCAAACAGUACAAGUGAGACCCAAGGGUGGAACGCAUCUCAUCUCCCCAAUACCGCUUUGAUUUCCAGUGACAAUUGUACAGAGGGAGCUGACUUUCUGACUCAAGAGAACAUGCGUGUUGGAUUGCUGUUUGCUUCCAAGGCUUUGAUGCAACUUAUAGCCAAUCCCUUUGUAGGACCCCUUACCAACAGGAUAGGAUACCAUAUCCCCAUGUUUCUUGGGUUCAUCAUCAUGUUCCUCUCCACACUUCUGUUUGCUUUCUCUAGUACUUAUGGCUUGCUGUUUGUGGCUCGAGCAUUGCAAGGCAUUGGGUCUGCCUGUUCGUCUGUUGCAGGUCUUGGGAUGCUGGCAAGUGUUUACACUGAUGAUGAUGAAAGGGGAAGUGCUAUGGGAAUAGCCUUAGGUGGCUUGGCUUUGGGGGUUCUUGUUGGUGCACCCUUUGGAAGUGUGAUGUACGAGUUUGUUGGGAAAUCAUCUCCCUUUCUGAUCUUGGCAUUCUUAGCCUUGUUGGAUGGAGCUUUACAGUUGUGCAUCCUGCAGCCUUCAAAGAUUUCACCAGAGAGCACCAAAGGGACCCCGCUGCUCACCUUGCUAUGGGACCCCUACAUUCUGAUUGCUGCCGGCUCUCUCUGCUUUGCCAACAUGGGAGUGGCUAUCCUGGAAGCCACUCUGCCCAUCUGGAUGAUGCAAACCAUGUGCUCCCCAGAGUGGCAGCUGGGGGUGGCUUUUCUGCCUGCCAGUGUGUCUUACCUGAUUGGGACCAACCUGUUUGGGAUACUGGCCAACAAAAUGGGGCGGUGGCUUUGCUCACUGAUUGGGAUGGUGCUGGUGGGGAUCAGCCUCCUUUGUAUUCCCAUGGCAGAAAAUAUCUAUGGACUCAUUGGGCCCAAUGGUGGUGUUGGUAUUGCCCUUGGAAUGGUGGAUUCCUCAAUGAUACCUAUCAUGGGAUACCUGGUGGAUCUUCGGCACGCCUCUGUCUAUGGCAGCGUCUAUGCCAUUGCUGACGUGGCUCUCUGCAUGGGCUUUGCUAUUGGUCCUUCUACGGGGGGUGCUCUUGUACGAGCCAUCGGCUUUCCCUGGCUAAUGGUUGUCAUUGGGGGAAUCAACCUUCUAUAUGCCCCUUUCUGCUGGUUCCUACGAAGCCCUCCAGCCAAAGAGGAAAAGAUUGCAAUUCUCAGUGAGGGAUGCUCCAUGCAGACCAAAAGCUACACCACCCAAAAAGUUCUCCGGGAUUUUCCAUUGACCGACAUCAGUGAUGAGGAAGUGGAGAGUGAAGAAUAGAAGAAAGUCCUGUCAAAGCACCCCCAGCCACAAAGUCCACCUCGCCUCCUCCAAGAAGCGGAGAGCUCCCUGGUUGACUUUCUUCCCUCUGUGGGUCAAUGGAGCUUAGUGAUAUCGGGGCCAAUGCCAGGAAUUUUGGGUUCCACCUUCAGCUAGCCUGCACCUUUUGCUACUGGAACUCUGAGCAAACAUCAGUUAGUCACCCGUCUGCUUCUCAUCUUCAAAGAAAGCAGCUGCUGCUGUAAAGCAAUUUCCUCCCACGGUAUCAUCUGUGCUUAGGGGUGAGCUCAAUGAUAUCAAGAUGUCUUAUUUAGUGUGUAAAAAGUAGUUGUGAUUCAUGGCUGAAAAGCCCUCGCUGCAGCAAAAUAAAACAGGAGUCCAGUAGCA